CCGUAAUCCAUUAACUUGCAACCAAUCCAGUUUGAACGAUUGGGGAGGGUUUUGGAUAAUGGUGAUGGCGAGUUUCACACUAACACCCAACUCUUCUUCUUCUUCUUCUCUCCUACGCCUUCAUUCUUCAACGGCGUGGCAGAUUGCUCCAGUUUCACCGUCGUAUCUGCAACAAUCUAGUUGGCGGAGAAACAAGGGUUCAUUGGUGGUGACAAGAGCGGGAGCACCAGGAGCCACCACUUACCUCUUCGCAUUCCUCUUUCCACUCUCUCUUCUCGCUGUAACAAUCUUCACUGCUAUCCAAAUAUCUGAUAAACUCGACAGAGACUUCUACCAGGAGCUAGAAGUUAAUCAAUCAAUAUUAGAAGGAGAGGAUGAAGAUGAAGAUGUGAAUCCAGCCUAUGAAGAGCCUCCUACUCAGCAGCGGACUCGCAACCGGCCCAAACGUGAAGCUGAGAUUACCGGAAGGUAAUUUAUUUUACACAUGUUUUAGGGAGGGAAAACGGUUUUAGUGGGUUGACCAAGAUUGUAUUCUAUCUAUGUUAUAUGAAUGUGUUUGAAACGAAUAAUCUUUACUAUGAUAUUAUGCUUCAUUCUACAUCAUAUUGUAAUUUAAAUCAAAUUAUAUGUAUAGUUCUGUGAUUACAUCAGCAACUUAAUAGUAGUAGAAGACUAAAUAUCCAUAAAAAUUGGUUUGAGAUUAGUCAGCCUUCAUGAUGCUUUAUGCUUGUAAAUUUCCUAGCACUACUUAUUGCGUCGGUGUAUAUACAUCUGGCAAUAGCUCUAAAGAAAGACGGGUGCUUUGUGUAACUGGGAGUGGGAACUUAUUGGAAAUACAAAAUGACUUGUAAGAAAUAUGGAGAUAGCUAUGGCAGACUUGUAAGAAAUAUGAAAAUAGCUAUGGCAUCCAAAGUGUAGUUUUAGCCACAACAUAGGUGUCAAUAGCGAUUAUAGUGGUCGCUAUAGCGCGCUAUAUAGUGAAGCAAUGUAGUGUCGCUAUUAUGGUCAUAGCGACGAAUAGCGAGAAUAGCGACACCUUAUUUUUUUUUGUUAAUAUAGAUAGCAAUUAAAUAUAUCUAUAAAAUAGCUAGAUUUUAGGUUUUUGUUAAAUAUACAUGUAAAAUAUACCAGGGUAUCUUGAUAUAAUAUACAUAUAAAAAUUUUAAAAUUCUUUUUCUAGUGUAUCGCUAUCUAUAAAAUAGCCGCCCGCUAUUUAUCGCUAUUCCCUAUGCAGCAGAUAGGUACCUUAUCGCAAUUUGUCGCUAUUCGUCAUUAACAACUAUGGUCAUAGGUUCCCACAACUAUUUAUCGCUAUUCCCUAUGCAGCAGAUAGGUACCUUACGACACAUGUCAAGAGAUAAACUUGUAGUUGGGUGCACUCUAGUUAACAUGUUAGAUUAUCAUAUGUAUGUGUUUAAGACUAAGCGGUAUGGGGGCCGGCUUAGGCCCGGCGCCGGUCCCCCACACCGCCCCCUGCUUCCGUCCCAGCGAAUCCGGCUCCCCACAGACGAAGUCGACGGCCCAAAUUUCAAAAAUAUAGCCGUUACUAACGGCUAGAUUUACUAAAAAAAAUUACUUUUUCACUUUAAAUAUAUAUCAAUUUCAUCCAUUUUUUAUACCAUUCUCAUCCAUUUCUCCCAUUCUUCUCCCAUUCUCAUCCAUUUUUAUAAAAAACAGUCCCAUUUUUUUAUACAAUCAUGAAUCCAUUCAACCCAAACAACCCCAACCCGAACAAUCCCAACCCGAACUAACCUAACUUUUUUCGAGACCCGCUUACACUCCGACUAUGGAUCCUUCGUGGGGGUCUCCACAAUUUACGUUUUCGGGUUUUCAACAAUCACCCAAUGCCUUCUCCCAAAUGUCCCAACUUCAACAUAUGCAACAAUACCAAGCACUCCAACAAUUCAUGCAAUGCAACUCGGUUCAACUUGAUCAAUUCCAAUCGCAACCGCCAACUUCCCAACUGCAACCCUCGGUUCAACUUGACGAUGAUGAUGAAGUCGUCCCCGAAUCGCCACCUAAAGAACUCAAGCGCAAAAAAAAAAAAAAACACGGGGAAGGGGAAGGCGGUUGAAACCGAACCCGACACCGCAAAAAAAAGCGGUUCGAGAGCAAAGCCGAGACAGUGGACAAAAGUAGAGGAGGAGGCACUAGCAAUUGCGUAUGUUAAGGCCUCAACUUGCCCGAUUGUCGGGAACAAUCAAACGGGUUCUAGUUUUUGGAAGGCAUGUACGGAUAGAUUUAACGACCUUAUGGGGCAAGGCCCGAUACGUGAUCUCGAUUCCGUAUCGGGCAAGUGGCGGAAAAUGAACAAGGCCGUGAAUGAUUUUUGCGGGUAUUAUAACCCACUUUACAUCAAUCGUCCUAGUGGGAGUAGCGACGAGGACGUUCUUAACCUUGCGAUGGCUAAAUGGGAAGCAAAAAAUCCGGCGCCUUUCCCGCACCUCCGAGCAUGGAACAUUUUAAAGAAAGAACCUAAAUGGGCGCCGGUUCCAAAUGAGGUCGCAACUGCCAAACGGACUAAAACUUCCGAGUCCGGAAGUUAUAGUGCGGGAGGCUCCACUGCUCGUUGUCAAAUCGAUGACCCGAUAUAUGACGACGAUGUGUUGCCCGCUCACGAGAUCGAACGUCCCGGCGGAAGGGACAGAGCAAAAAAAGAGGCGGCCGGAAAGCGCAAAAGCUCGAGUGGAGGGGGCGGCUCGGGUGGAGGUGGCGGCUCGAAGGCGUCUUCGAAAACGGACGAGUUGAUUUCCGAAUUCUGUUCGUUUAAAGACUUUGCGGCCGAAAAAUAUAGUCACAAGAAAAACGUGUUGGCCGACUAUGCUCGAGCGGAGGAUUUUAGGAUAAUGAGGUUGGAUCUCGACUCGGUUCCGGAGGAUGAACGAGAGGUGUAUCGGAGGAUGAAGGAAGAGGUGAAGAAAAAAUGGACGUCGUAGGUUUUUUUUUUAAUUUUUAGGAAAUGUAAUUUUUUUUAUUUUUUUAUUUUUGGGAAAUGUAAUUUUUUUUUAUGUUAUGAAAUGAAUUUAUUUA